AUGAGCAAAUGGAUAAUCUCUUGUGCCGACUCCCAUACAGAUUUCCUUCAAAAGUGCAAAAACCCGUUAUGGCUAAACUCAGAGUUCUUCGUCGCAUUGCCUUUAAAAGAAAACGUCGCUGGUCUUCUUAAGUUUCACACCAUAUACAUCUUCCAUCGUCCUAUCCAAGUCAACACCAAGUCAAACAAACUGCAUGCGUUAUCCACGCUCAUCCACCAUAACGACUAUCAGAGAGGAAUCCGACCCGACUUCAACCUAUAUGACACCAAACCAUACGAAGACUUUCAAGCCCACGCAUUUCGCCUCAACAACGCCAGACAAACAUUCCCAAUCCCGUUCAACCACAUCUGGUCCUAUUACCCAUUCGACUACCAGAUGAGCUUUGACGAAGACCUUCAAUACUUCAUGGAAAGUAAGUAG